GUCCCUUCCUCUUACACAAACCCUACUUCUCUCAUUUUCCCAGGAAGGACUUGAGCUGUUGCACUUGCACUCAACCAUCAUCACAACAUGCCCAAGCAUAAAUUGUUUUCUUCUUGAUCCCUCACUCUCUUCACUUGUUCACAAACACACACACACUAAAAAAUGUCUUCAUUUGAUAUAUCAACCUUCACUCUUGAACAUGUCAACCUCAACUCCACGGGAAUUUUUCUCCUAUGCCUAACCCUAAUCCUUUUCCUAGCGACCCUUCUCAAGCCAAAAUACCCCAACAAGGUGUUCUUGCUGGACUUUGUGUGUUACAAAGCCCCCGACGCCCAAUCUUGCUCGAAAGAGUCAUUCAUGGAGAAGGCCCGGCUCUACGGGAAGUUCUCGGACGCGACCCUCGACUUCAUGCGCAAGACGCUGGAGCGGUCGGGGCUUGGGGAGUCGACGUACCUGCCCGAGGCGCUGCUCCGGCAACCCCCGAACCCGUGCUUGGAGGAGUCAGUGAAGGAGGCCGAGGCGGCUAUGUUCGGGGCUGUCGACGAGGUGUUGGCCAAGACGGGGGUGAGAGGGGAUGAGAUCGGGGUGUUGGUGGUGAACUGCUGCAUAUUCAAUGUGGUGCCUUCCCUAUCUUCCAUGAUAGUGAACAGGUACAAGCUCAAGGAAGAUGUGUUGAGCUACAGCCUCCAAGGAAUGGGUUGCAGUGCAGGGCUCGGUGCUAUAGGUCUCGCCAAGAAUCUGCUUCAGGUGCAUCCCAACUCUUAUGCUUUAGUCGUGAGCACCGAGAACAUCACCGAGAAUGCCUACCUGGGCAAUGAUCGCUCCAUGACCCUCAUCAACUGCCUGUUCCGUGUCGGUGGGGCCGCGAUCCUCCUCUCGAACCGGCCUUCCGAUGCCCGGAUCGCCAAGUACAAGCUUCUCCACACCGUGCACACGCACACGGCCCGUUGGGACCGCUCCUACGAGUGCAUCUUCCAGGAGGAGGACCCGUGGGGCCAAGUGGGCGUCACCAUCACCAAGGACCUCAUGGCGGUGGCGAUCAAUGCCAUCGAGGCCAACAUCGCCGUGUUCGGCCGCCUCAUCCUCCCCAUGUCGGAGAAAAUCCUCUACGCCGCGAACUGCCUAGUGAGGCGCUUCCACAUGGCGAACGUCGAACCCUACGUGCCCGACUUCAAGAAGGUCGUGGACCACGUGUUCCCCCACGUGGGCGGCAAGCCAGUGCUCGACGAGCUCGAGAAGAGCCUCAGCUUGAGCGAGGCCCACAUGGAGGCAUCGAGGAUGACGCUGUACCGGUUUGGGAACACGUCGAGCAGCUCGAUCUGGUACGCGUUGGCGUACGCCGAGGCCAAAGGGAAGAUGAAGCGGGGUGACCGGGCGUGGCAGAUCGCGUUCGGGUCCGGUUUCAAGUGCAGCAGCGUGAUAUGGGAGGCGAUCAGGACUGUCGGCGGCAGGGAGAGGAGCAACCCGUGGACGGACGAGAUCGAUGGGUUCCCCGUGCCCACUAAGAACAUAGAACCAAUUCCUUACUAUUUCGAGCCAUCUAAGAAAAAGGAGGCAUGAGUUUCAAGGCGUAACGAUAUCUAUUAUGCUACAUAGCAUGACAUAAUUAAUGAUGUUUUGGGAGGAUUAUUCCUCAGAAACAAUGUUUAAUCGGGCGGUCCUUGAACACUUUUUUGAUUAAUAGCAUUUACGAGGCUUUGAUUGCUUGUUAUAGAA